CUUUUAGCAGAAAAAAGAAAAAGUUGUCGGGGGAAAAAAGGGAUUCUGCUUCGAAAUUGCAAUGUGUUUGGGGUUUGGACUUUGGUCUUUGGAGAGCGUCUUCCUGAAGUGUGAAGGUAGAGAAGUGUGGGAGAAUGGCCGCGCAGCAAUCAGCUUUCACUCUCUUUUCUUCGGAUGGCGAGCAGCAACCGGGAUUAGCUUUAUCUUUUCUUGAUUCCCUGCAAACCCCACUCCCCCCUCCACCUCCUUGUGUUGAAGUUUUUCCCUCUAAUGUUCCUACGUCAGUAAAACAUACACCGGAGCCACUUAAUUUAGAUGGACUCACUUUACUCAAGGGACGGGUCAGUACGCAACAGGUUUUUGCACUUUCAAAUUCUGAUUUAGUUCCAGGGAAAUAUGAAGGAGGUUUGAAGCUUUGGGAAGGUUCACUAGAUCUGGUCAAAGCUCUUCGCUCAGAAGAUGAAGCCAAGCAUUUAUCUAUUGCUGGAAAAAGAGUUUUAGAGCUUGGUUGUGGUCAUGGACUACCUGGAAUCUUUGCAUGCCUAAAGGGGGCUGCUGCUGUUCAUUUCCAGGAUUUUAAUGCUGAAGUCCUGCAAUGUCUUACCAUCCCCAACGUGAAUGCUAAUAUUCUACAGAAUUCCGAGGCCGAUAUUCGUUACUUUGCUGGUGACUGGGGCGAAGUGCAUCAAUUGCUCCGUCAUUUAAAUACUGACGAGAACUGUAACUGUGAGCUGAAUGAGUAUGGUGGGUAUGAUAUUAUUCUAAUGGCAGAGACAGUGUACUCGAUCUCUACUCUCCCGAACCUCUAUCAACUUAUAAAAAAGUGUAUUAGUCGUCCUGGUGGAGUUGUGUAUAUGGCAGCAAAAAAGCAUUACUUUGGAGUAGGGGGGGGAUCAAGGCGGUUCCUAUCUGUGGUGGAGAAGGAUGGUUUUUUGAAAGCGAGCCUGGUUGCGGAGGUUGCAGAUGGCUCUUCCAACGUUCGUGAGGUAUGGAAGCUUGAAAUUAAGUAGAAGUGGUGGCAGCACUGGAAUAUAGUCACGGGCUUCUUAGGAGUACGCUGCCUCCUAUGUAAUUGAUGAAUGGUUUUACCUGUGGUUUUACAAUGAUAUUCGAUGCUAAUAAUUAAAGCUUUUGCCAAGAGUCUUGGAUUUAUCACAA